GCGGUUACAAUCUAGGCUGUUCACCGUAUAUUUGUUGCCUUAUGAAUGAACACAUUUUCUUACUGGUGCGAUACAACAGAAUUUACAUGAAAAAUCAUAAAAACAAAAGCUAAAUUAUUCUUAACACAUUUCCUAGAUGUCUCUCUAUCCACACAUUCCGCUGUUCUGGAAGAAACUCCAGUCCGCAUUUUAUGCAGACCAGGCAUGACUUCUGGCUGAAUAUCGCAGGUAACUUUUCCUCUCACGUCUUUUGCCCCCCGAUUCCUUAGCCAGACUCCAGUUCCAGUUUCCACAGGUGGUUGGCGGCGUCCUCUCCCGGUUUUGUCUGCGCUUUUAGCACGUUUAAGCCAGUGUCCGUGUUUCAAGGAGAAGACAAUAACUCAGCAUCCUCUGUAAUGCGUAAUGGGACCGCUGUAGGGCAAUCCCCGAAUUAAAGCAGCUGAAAUUUUGCGGGGAUUUUUGACCUUGCAUAUUGAAAAGUGGCUUUUUGAUCUGCCGUCAUUUGCAUUUAUUUGUUUUUUUACUCGAAAGAAGAUGCCUUUUUACCAACGGACAGUGGGACCCGCAUGCGUGUGCAGGUUGAAGAAAGAGGAUGGUAAAGUUGCCAUGCUGAGUAACCGUGGCGAUACCUUCCUGGGGCUGGAGAACCACAGACGCCCAAAUGGAAAGACAACCUUAUUUACCUCUCUGGAGGAGGUCUGUAAUCACACGCUGACCAACGUCCUCCGUCAACUUUCCGAUCUAUCGCGACAUGCAAGCAGCAUGUUUUUGGACAUAGAGACAGAAACAAAGUUGCUAAUGAGGAGGUCUGAAAAAAUGAGAGUUCGCCUGGAGAGCUUGCAGGAUACAGUACGCAAACUUGAUCACAAGAAGGCACAGUUUUCGAUCUCCAGCUUGGACGAGGAAAGCAAAUGGACGGUGCACUAUGCGGCCCCCUGGCACCAGCAGGAGAACGUCUUCCUGCCCUGCACACGGCCAGCCUGCGUGGAGGACCUGCACCGUCAAGCCAAGGUCAACCUCAAGACCGUGCUCAGAGAAUGUGACAGGCUGAGGAAAGAUGGCUUCUGUAGCUCUCAAUACUACUCUCAGGGCCCGGCCUUCUCCUCUUGCAACCUCUCCGACGGCGGUCUCCCCAACCGUGAGGACACCAGUAAGAAAUCUGCAAUGUCCUCUGCCGAGGAAGAAAGGUUGAUGUGCUCCAUGAGACUACAGAGCCCUCUGCUGGAGGAGUACCACACCAACGGGCAGAUGCACUGGAGCAAAACACUACCGCUGCCCACCCCUGAGGAGAAGAUGAGGCAGCAGGCCCAGUGUGUGCCCAUCGAUAUCAUCCCCAUAAAUGUCACUGGGGAGAAUUUUGAUCGGCAGGCCAGCAUUCGGCGUUCCUUAGUUAACAUGGACACUCUGGUCAGGCGGGCUAAGAAGGUCAAAAGGAGAAAGACAAUAACAGGUGUCCCAGACAACAUCCAGAAGGAACUAGGGACCGGCGAAUGCCAUUCUCCUUCAAUGUGCAUACCAAGUCAGUACUUCACAUUGGGUCGUGUCGGUAGUGUUGGUUCAGCCUUGCGACGUUCCGGCACCCGUGAUUCCAGUUGUCAGACAGAGGACACAAAGAUCGUGCCUCCAUCCAUGAGAAGGAUCCGGGCGCAGAAGGGUCACGGCAUAGCUGCUCAGAUGGCUAACCUCUCCAAUUCCUCCACGGGCAGCAUCUCCACCAUCAGUAACAGCACAUGCACCAUCUUUGCCUCACAACUAAAUAGAGGUGACCAGCGUUGCUACAGCCUACCCCGCCAGGGAACCCGCACCUCCCUGCAAGGAGAGCCCAAUUACACCAGCACCUCUACUGGGACAGAGGACUGCAUUGUAGGUACUCUGUCACACCAGAUCAGCAAGCUUCAAACAGAAAUGCGGGUAGCACCUUUAAGGACCAUCCAAAGGACUGACUCACGACUGUACACCAGUAAUCAAGAACGGAGGGAGUUCAUGAGUUGUGAGACUCUGGCGAGCCCUACCUCCUUAGCCUCUCCACAUGGCACCUGCUCAGUCUUGCUCAGCAGUAACAGUCUGCUAACCUCCUCAGUUGAAGGUGUAUCUAGCAUUGAAGCAAUUGAACAGUGUGCAAUACCCAUAAACUCGGUGUCGUCCUACCAUACGAACAAGCCUCUCGGAUCUCCUCGGAUCAAAGAAGAGCAACAUCCUUCUUCCUUAACCUCAGUCAUUACACCAUGCCGCUGUGAUUCAGCGGUAUCUCUCAGCACUGGCACGCUCACAGAAACAGAGUCUCAGUGCAGUAACCCAGAUGGCAUGAAAAGUUACUGUAGCAAGGACACCCAGAGUGAGUCUAGCUACUCCUACGGAAGUCUUCAGAGCUGUAGCCCUCCAGAGAAGUGGAACUACGACACCCUGCCUAAAAAACCCCUCCGUUCUAGUUGCUCCACCCCCAUCAAUCACAUAUGUAGCAAUUCAGAGCACCCUUCAAAAAAGGCAGAGUCGUUUCCGCCAUUCUCCUUUGACAAUGAUGCCAACUACACUUCCAUGAACCUGGACUCGGGGCACAAGUCAUGUAGCUACAAUAGCAUCAACGGUGUGGACCAUAUGAAGCAUUGUAUGUAUGAGUGCAAAGAACACAACAGGCAAGAUGACCAGAUUAGCCUUUGCAGCAAUAAGUCCCUAUCCCGCAGUAUCUCCCUUCGCAAGGCUAAAAAACCACCACUCCCUCCAACCCGUACUGACUCCUUGCGACGAAAAUCAGAGAAACAUUCCGAAUUCAAAGUGACAAAUCCUCAGGCUAAUAGUCCAGUCUCGAGUGAGACACUGAUUGCCACCCUCCAAGAGUCUCUGCAUCUGAGCCUAAAAAGCAACAACGCAUCAUCUCCUGCCCAAAGCCCGUCCAGUGAUCGUGAGGAUCCGUGGCUGCUACGUUCCCGUAGCCAGAGCAGCAUCAGUGAUUGCAGUAGCCUGGUAUCUCCUUCCAGUGGGAACCUCUACUCCAUCUGCCCCAUCACACCAUCACAGAGUGACAGCAGCAGCUUGCGGCCAGAUUGGGCCGAGUCCUUAGCCAGUAAUGGAGACUCUCCUGAACUGCGAGCUGAGCAGCUAUAUUUUCCUGAAAUUCAACCCAGUUAUGUUGGUGGGUCUCCACUCUCCCAAGAGGAGCUCCACUCAGACUGUAAAAAGCAUCUGUCUCUAGCCCUAAACGGGACCUUGGUAGAUAAGACAAAGAGACUCUCAUUACCAGAAAAGAUGAAUCACUUAACAUCCCCGUCUAGUGGUCUUUCUAGCCAGGUCAGCACCCUGCCUUCCCUCAAGAAGUUCCGGUCUCCUGCAAGGCCAAGGUCUAAGCCUAAAGUCCCUGAGAGAAAAUCCUCUCUUUUGUCUUCUGUGUCUGUCUCUCCCAUUGCCACACCCGUAUCUGCUGGUUCCCCUGACCCCACAAAGAAACUCCAGCUGGUCCACUCUAGCUCUCCCAUGCCAGCAGCACUGACUACCAACUCUACUCAGCACACCUUGAUAACAACCACUACCUUACUCUCUGCUGCUACUUAUCCUGAUUCAAGUCCUUUCAAGGUACCUGGGCAGAACUUUCCUCCAUCUGUGCUACCAAUUAACCUUGAGAAGAUUUGCACCACUACCCAUGUGUCUACACCUUCUUCACCUAAACCAAUCAUUUCUGAAUUACUAGAUAAAAAUUACUCAAGUCCUGCUACACUACCUCUUCCUCCACCAUACCAAUCUCCACCUCCUCUUUUACCUGUCAGUGGUUCCACCUCUCAACUCUCACAUAAGUCUUUGAGGAAUCAGGCAGAAGUCUCAGCUCAAAGCCCAAAAUGUGAUUUCAGUACUGUAAAUACCUUGGGCACAGAUGAUUCAUUUGAUGGGAAGAUGGAUAGUAUCAGCUACUUUCUGAAGCCCCUGAUCACUGCCCAGGCUUUGCAAAUGGUGCAGCUUCGGCCUGUUGAAAAGGUGGACAGAUUUAAUAACACUGAUGAAGAAUGGAAAGAUAAUGAGAAAGAAGGGAAAACUGAAAAACCUGAAGCGAUAAAUAUAUUACCAGGUCCUUCCAAUGUGAUUCAACAGUCAUCGUCACUGGUGAUUCAGUCCCUGCCGGAUUACUCAAAAAACUCCAGUCUUUCUGAGGACACACUUGGCAGAUUUAUCAUGAAUGGCCAAACUGAAGACCUUGAGCCCCUGGAGUUGACACCUAUUGAGGAGGAUUUCCCAGACAAGUCAUUUCCUCCUACUCAAGAGGAAGAUCACUCCUCAAAUCCAUUGGAGAUUUUGCAAAUUUCCACAGUCAAGCAAAAAAAUUCUCCCUCUCCCAAAAAACCCAAACUCACCUUAACUUUGCCUCCAAUUCUUCCAUUGCUUGUUGUGGAGCACACUGGUCCACAGGUGGUUAGCCUUGAGAAGUUAUCCAUUUUGGAUCCCAUAGAUAAUUGUCCACAACUUCUGCUGGUGGAAGGUGAGGACAACUAUAGGAAUGAUGACAAAGAUGAGGACUCUGGGAGUCUCCCACCUCUAGCCAGCCAAGAAGACUUCUUGACCAGCCAACACUCCAGAGAAAAUUCCCCAGCCCUUGAGCAUGAUCUCACCAUAAAGGCGGAAGAGUUGGCUAUUUGUGACGAAAGGAACAUGUCAGAUGGAGAUGCUGAUGCUGCAAGCAGCACUUCAGACUCCUUCAGCUCCAAGGAAGAGGAUGAUGGUGAGGUGUUCGACUUCAUCUCCUCGGCUCGGGCUGAGACACACGGAGAAGAGCCAGAAGACAUGGUGACUCCCACGCGGCCUCGCACGACUGAAGACCUCUUUGCCGCAAUACACAGGUCUAAACGUAAAGUUCUGGGUUGGAGGGAGUCUGAGGAGGAUCGUCCUCGGGUCCACUCCUCCUCGCCUCCCGUCACGCCCACAGGUGUCUCCCCGGGCUUGGCCUCCCGCCAGCCCACCUCCAUCCAGCGCAGCCUCCGCAAGACCACCAGCAAUGACAGUUUUAAGGCACUGCUCCUGAAGAAGGGCAGCCGCCCCGAAGGCGGCUUCCGCAUGUCCGCUGCCGAAAUCCUCAGAAGCACCGACCCCCGGCAUCAGAGGGCCCAGUCGGACUCCGCCCUGGAGUCCCCUUCCUCGGGCCCCGGCAGCCCCUGCGACUCUCCGGGCCACGGCCACAGGACGCCCGAGGAGUGGGCCCGCACCGAGGGUCUGCUGCCCCGCUUCUCCCCGGUGUUCCUGAGCAAUCGGCAUGGGCGCUCGAGCACGCCGCCCUCUGCUGCCAGCAGCAGGUACAACGCCCGCAACCGCAUCCUCAGCAGCCCAAUGACCGCCAUCAGCGAACGGGAGGGUGAGCUAGCUGAGGCCGCAGACUGCUGCGGAACCCCUGAGAGCAGGACUCCGCCAGGGACACCGCCCAGCCCCAUCUCCACACCACAGGACAAAGACGGUACUUCACGUGAGGACGGCAGGUAGAAAAGCACUUUAGUUGCCCCCGUUCAAGGGCAGAUAGAACUCUCUCAGUGCCCAGGGGAGUAGUCUUAAUCAGACCACCAGGCUUGGACACUCAUGGUGCUUUUACUGGUCAUAAAUAAUGGGAGGCCAGACCCUAGUAUCCAUAACAGAAUCCAUGGUGCUUAGUCUGAAACAUAAAGCAAUUCUGCUGCAGCUUUAAUUCCACCCAGUCGCUCAUUUUGUAUGAAAAUGUGUACAUUGCUUAAAGCAACAGCACACUUCCAAAGCCGACGUAGCCUGACGUUCAUUUAGCAGAGCAUAGUUUUUGUAUUUCAUGAUCGAAAGCUUAAAGCACUUGUAAUGUUAAACAUGAAAAAAAUUAAUUAAGGAAGAGGUACGUGUGAGGAAGGAAGAGUAAAGUGAAAAGUUGGUUCUUGCCGCACUGAUUCUUCGACAACGGAACAGGGUUGAAUUUUGAGGCCGCUAGUUAGCAUGUUGUAUUGAAUGGAGGAAAAUAAGGGUUUGCGCUACAAGUCUUGCUUGCGCUCCUGUAUGAUCCCACGCUGAGACUUAAACAGCAUAGCAUUUCUUUCCUUUCGAGAGGAUAAAGCAGCAGCACAGCUGUUCUGUCUUUUGCUUUGACCACACUUGGGCUUUAAGCCCCUGAAUUUGGCCAGCGAAGCUGAGAUUUUGGUGCUGAAUGUCCAGAUGCAACUGAAAGGAGAGGUAUCGUGAAAAGCCAGGUUUGAGGAGGAAGCGUAGAGGGAUGGUGGUCAAGGUUUAGUUCCAAGACUGGUUUGAAGAGCUUGAUUUCUAGUUUGUAGAUUUUGCACUGUUUUGUUCUUUGUAUUUUAUGUUUCAGGAAUAUUAAAAUGUAUUCUUGUUUUUUCGUUAAUUUGAAAUAAAAUAAUUUGGAAAAGAAUUUUGAAGGAAAAAUCUGUGAAGAUUUGGUUACCAAAGGGUGCAAUUCAGCGUGUGAUUCCUCCCCAAGCCCAAAUUCAAAAUGAUUGCAAUAACCUUUUCUUUUUUUGCGGGGGUCAGAAUCAGCAGCUGUAUGAAGCUUAUGCUGCACUACCUGUAUGCGUUUUCUAAAAUGUGCACGCUUAUUGCAAAUAAAUAUAGGCAUUAAUAUCGCAUUGUCACAUUUCCUCCAAUGAGGAAUUUAAUUUUAUUACCAUUACUUCUCUGUACUGUUGUUCACAACAUUGUGUUCAAAAUGCACAUUAUUUUGAAAUGUUUGUAAUACUCUAGAUGAGUAGAAAUGUCUGGGGGGGCAUACUUAAGUGGGCUUUUGUCAGUACUUUAAGCUAAAACGACGUUAUCCCAAACCCUGAAUCCAGUUGUCUUUAGUUGACUGUCAUACAUUUCUCUCCCUUUAGCCAGCCUCUGCACAGCAUGUCUGUAAUCAAGUAACAGAUGUGUCCUGUUGGCAGUAAAUAAAUGGUAAAUAAAAUUA